AUAACGUGUUGCAGUCUAAACUGAGAGAGAGAGAGAGAGAGAGAGAGAAAGAUGUGGCCAUUCAGAGGAAAAGGAGCAUCUGGGUUUUCAUCAUCUUCCACUGCUGAGGAAGUUACUCAUGGAAUCGAUGGGAGUGGUCUCACUGCUAUUGUCACAGGAGCAUCUAGUGGUAUUGGUGCUGAGACCGCUCGUGUUCUUGCUUUGCGUGGUGUCCAUGUGAUUAUGGGGGUGAUAGAUAUGACCAAUGCGGAAAAUGUUAAGGAAUCUAUACUUAAGGAGAUUCCAAUAGCUAAAAUUGAUGUCAUGAAGUUAGAUCUUAGUUCAAUGGCAUCCGUUCAGAAUUUUGCAUCAGAGUUUAAUUCUUCAAAUCUUCCAUUGAAUAUUUUGAUAAACAAUGCAGGAAUUUGUGCAGCCCCUUUCCUACUAUCCAAGGAUAACAUUGAACUUCAAUUUGCCGUAAAUUACAUAGGUCAUUUUCUGUUAACAUAUUUGUUGUUGGACACUAUGAAGAAAACAACACAAGAAAGUAAGAAACAAGGAAGAAUUGUCAAUGUCUCCUCGGCAGGUCAUCGUUUAGCAUAUCGGGAAGGAAUUCUUUUUGAUAAAAUUAAUGAUCAAUCAAGUUACAACAAUUGGCUUGCAUAUGGGCAAUCAAAGCUUGCUAACAUUUUGCAUUCCAAUGAGCUUGCAAGACGUUUCAAGGAAGAUGGAAUAGAUAUUAUCGCUAAUUCUCUUCAUCCAGGGGCCACAACCACCAAUAUUUACAUUCACAAUCGUUUUCUGACAGGUAUAUUCUAUAUAUUAGGGCCUUUUGUAGUGUAUAAGCUAAUUGCAGGAUUUUUACUCAAAAAUGUACAGCAAGGAGCAGCAACAACAUGUUAUGUAGCAUUGCAUCCACAAGUGAGUGGAAUCAGCGGCAAGUAUUUUGUUAAUAGUAAUAUCUCGGAAGCACACUCACAGCUAGGAAGAGACAUGGACUUGGCCAAGAAGCUGUGGGAUUUUAGCAUAAAUUUGACUAAGCCAAAUACAUAGUGACAAUCAUCAAUGCCGAUGGAAUUCUGUUUUAGCAAAUAAAAAUGUCAAUGAUAUUAUUAUUGUUAAUUUAUAUGUUGUUACUAUUUUUUAACUAGAGAGUUAUGUCGUUCAAGCUUAAAAUUUUAUGACUCUAGUAUGAGUGUGGAAUUUACACCAAGUACAUCAUGUGCUAAAAUGCUAUAGCAAAGCCCUCAUUGACAUUGAAAAUAUUGUGAGAUAUUUA